AUGGCAGACGGUUCUAUAGCAACCCCUGGCUCCUCCGCCAGCAAGACCCCAGCGGCCAAAGACAAAGAAUGCCCCUAUUGCCAUCAAGCCUUUACAUCAUCUUCUCUCGGACGCCAUCUAGAUCUGUACAUUAAAGACAAGAAUGCAAAACCCCCGGAUGAUCUACACAACAUUGAGGAGAUCCGAAGGAUGAGAGGCAAUGUCACUCGACGGCAGGCGCGUGCAUCGGCUGGGAAGAGAGAGGGCUCUACACCUUCGAGCUCGAAACCUACACCCUUCCGCGACCAGCGCUCGCCCUCCACUCAAAGUGGGUUUGCCAACGUCCAAAGUUCUGACGGCGCGCCGAUGAGGACGGUCUUGAAUAGACCGAAUUGGCAAUCAACAGGCGUGAUCAACGAUCUACCGCCUGUGUCUCGAGAUAUUGAACCGACUUUUGGAAGAAAACCUUCGAGGAGGAGAAUAUCCGUAAAAGAAGAGAUGAUCCACAAGCAGGAUGCGCUGGAAGAGCGAGACCGAGCGCGAGCGGCUGAGUUGGCUUUGCAGGAGGUAUUGGGUAGUGUGAAAGCUGCUAACAUGCGCGCACAUCCUCCUUCGCCUUUCGAUUUCAACUUCUUUAGCCUUUCGUUUCCUGAGCUAUGCCUGCAAUGCCUCUCCGCACCUCACACACUGCUUGCCGCAUCAGCAGUACCGGACCGAUUUUCGUGGUCCGUUGAGGCGCCCAAACCAAUCUAUCAUGACCUCUUACGUGAAUGGCUUGGGUCCAAAUUGAAGGAUUGGCAGCGACAGGGCAAGUCACAUCACUUUCCAAAUCAGAUCUUCCAGCCCAAUGGAACCAAUGGGCACUCACAAAAUUCCGAAAGCAUAGGAGAAUUGGAGGAGAAAUACUACCAGCAUCUUACAAGCGUCUACGAGACAUGGAAAGCCCUUCCAGAGAAACAAAGGCAAGAAUCAUGGCGUACAGAAUGCGCAAAAGCAUUGGCUCGUGAGCAAGAGAAAAACAAAGAAACCAAGCGCUUCCUCGAGUUGGCCGACCAAGAAAUCCAGCACCUCCGCUUUCAACAGGCCCAGAGAAAUCCCUACAACCACUCCAUCGAAUACACCCGUUUUGGCGUAUCUUCCCUUCCCAUUUCCCGUGAAACGACAAAACAUCUCCCCGAUCUUCCAAAUUACGAAGCACUGCUCUCGCGUUGGCGGACACGAAUCGCCCAUCAACGCUCUGUGCAAAACCCCUUACCUCCGCCUUCACCAUGGGCAGCCGCCACACCCCCAAACCCCAACACCAACCACAUAAAUGGCACCCAUCCAUAUCCUCCCCCAUUUCAACGCGACGAUCACCAGCAGCCGCAUAAUGAGCAGGAUCAGGCCUCUGACGAAGAUGAAGAUCUGGCCGAUGCGCCGGGCGAUGACGACAUUUCUGAGCAGCAACAGCAGCUGGGCAUGGAUAAAGGCAUGCUGGAUCCGAAUUUGAGGGAUGGAGGUGGGGCUGGGGAUAUGGAUGGGGAAGGUGGGAGGGUGUUGAUGGGGCUGAGGGAGGCAAUGGAUAUGGGGCGUCGAUAA